CGGCCAGCCGGGCUGGCGGGCCGGUCCUGCCGCGGCGCUCGGCGCAGAGGGCAGCAACCCCGGGCGCCGUGGCCCAAAGGAUGCUGCUGUAAGCGCCUGCUCUAAACCCCGGGGAGUGCGGCGCCGGUAACCACGAGGACCAGGAGGAGGAGGAUGCCGCCGAUGCCGAUGCCGCCGAUGCCGAUGAUGCCGCCGAGCUUUCUGCAGCGCUGACGAGGCGCCCCGCGUUGCUCGAAGCGCCGGGCUCCGGCGCGGGUCCUCCGGAGGCCCGUGGGGGUCCUUUACUCAAGCCUGCGGCUCAUGGAUCAAGGCUAAGUGGCCCCCCGGGACCAUUUCCACCCAGACCACUGGGCCGUGGAGAUUCUAUCCCUUCCCGCACCUCUGUCCUAUAACAGAGCAAGAGCAGAAAGAAGAUGAAUCGGUCCAAGAGCCAUCCCGGUGUGCGCUUUCUGCCUCGACUCCCCUUCUUAAUCAUCCUGGCGGCUCUGGCGACCGCGGAAGACAGGACAAAUAGCACUUUCAAUGGCACGAACCCGGUCCCGGGAUCUGAGCCCGUGGUGAUGGCCAGAGUCGACCACGUUAUCGUCAGGGAAGGGAAGAAUGCCGUGAUCAAUUGCAACGUGCAAGGUGUCCCGGAGCCGCAUUUCAAGUGGUACAAUUCCAAUGGCCAUUUGGUGAAGGAGGACGACGACGAAGAGGAAGCGGGCGGAAAAUGGUGGAUGCACGAGAGCGGCCUGCUGAAUAUCACCCGGGUGUCUUUCUCAGACCGAGGUAAAUACACCUGCGUGGCCGCGAACGCCUACGGCAGCGUGAACAACACGGUGACCCUGAGGGUCGUCUUCACCUCGGGGGACAUGGGAAUCUACUACAUGAUCGUCUGCCUCGUGGCUUUCGCCAUCGUCAUGGUCCUGAACAUCACCAGGCUGUGCAUGAUGAGCAGCCACCUGAAGAAAACCGAGAAAGCCAUUAACGAGUUCUUCCGGACCGAGGGGGCAGAGAAGCUGCAGAAGGCCUUCGAGAUCGCCAAGCGCAUCCCCAUCAUCACCUCGGCCAAAACGCUCGAGCUCGCCAAAGUCACCCAGUUCAAGACCAUGGAGUUUGCCCGCUACAUCGAGGAGCUGGCCCGGAGCGUGCCUCUCCCUCCCCUCAUCAUGAACUGCCGGACCAUCAUGGAGGAGAUCAUGGAGGUGGUCGGCCUGGAGGAGCAGGGCCAGAACUUCGUGCGCCACACGCCCGAGGGCCCCGAGGCCCCGGACGGCGAGGACGUCUACACCAUCCCCAACGCGCUGAAGCGCAGCGACUCCCCCACCGCCGACUCCGACGCCUCGUCCCUCCACGAGCAGCCCCAGCAGAUCGCCAUCAAGGUGUCCGUCCACCCGCGGUCCAAGAGGGACCACAUGGAAGACCCCGAGGGGCCGCAGCUGGAGCCGAAGGACGGGGACGUGGCCGAAGGACCGGAGCCUCCGGCCGAACCCCGCGGCGAGCCGGCCCCUCCCCUUGACGGGGCGUCCCCUGAGCUCGCGCCCUCCCCGCCUCCCGAACUGGAACCCAGUCGGCCCGAGCCUCCGGUCCUCCCGUCCACGGAGCCCGCCCCCACGGAGCCGGAGGCCGCCGACCCCCCGUCUACCCGACUGGACUCUCCGGAGGCCGCCCUGGCCAAGGACAGAAAUACUUGUAUAAUUUACGAAAGCCAUGUAUAACGUCGACUCCGAAGAGCUAUGCAGAUCUAGAAGAAAAAAAAAAUCAGGGCCCGCUCCUUGAAAUAUGGAUAGAGUAUGUAUUUGCCGCUAAGCCUUACCAGGAGACUAUCAUAACUUAUGCCGGAGCGAUGCUGUUUCUAAGGGAGGAAAAGGCCCGGGGGGCAGUUUGUAACUUGAAUUUCGACUGGUAAACACCUUAGGGGGCAGGAGGGCGUGUGGGAGGUGACGCGUGUGAGCAACGGGUAGCCACGUUUGUGUCAGACCCGACAACGGAAGCUAAGGUUCCAUAGCUUGUUCGCUGCCACAGAGGGAUUUUUUUUGCCUGGUUCUCUCUCCUCUGUGACUCACCUCAGUGGCAAAGAGCAGCAUCUUUUGCCGCUCCUUAAAAUAUAAGUCUCUCUCCGUGACGGGCUACCAGCGAAACCCCCAGAAAUGUACAAACUGCAUUCCUUUUCCAUUUAGAAACGGCAGGACUCUGUCCUACAAGAGCAUGUUCACGUAUGAUUUCACACUCCUCCAUUUGAGUUACUUCCGCUGCUCGGUUAUGACAGAGCGAUUGCUAUUAUAUUAAUAUCGAUUGCUCUUUCUGGUUUA